AUGAGAUAUGUGAUUAAUUCAGGUGAUAUUGCGAACUGGCAGCUAACUGAGGAGGACAUCAUCAACGCCACAGUCUCAGUAAACUCGAGUAUAAACUCCACUGUUCCGGUGAAUUACGGAGUGGGAGGAUUCUUCCCGUUCGGGUUUGAGGGAACGUUAGCGGGAGCCGCUACCUGCUUCUAUGCCUUCGUGGGAUUUGACUGUAUCGCCACUACAGGUGAGGAGGUCCAGAACCCCCAGAGGUCCAUCCCGAUCGGUAUCGUAGCUUCUCUGCUCAUCUGCUUUGUGGUGUAUUUUGGCGUGUCUGCCGCUCUCACGCUGAUGAUGCCGUACUACCAGCUGAGCGUUCAGAGCCCGCUGCCCGUAGCCUUCACCCACGUGGGCUGGGAUCCGGCCAAGUACGUUGUAGCUGUGGGAUCACAGUGUGCGCUUUCCACCAGUCUGCUGGGGAUGAUGUUCCCGAUGCCCCGGGUCCUGUUCGCCAUGGCUAGAGACGGACUGCUCUUCAAACCUCUGAGUAACAUCAGCUCCCGCCAGAGUCCCGUCAUCGCCACCCUCACCUCAGGAGUCGCGGCAGCUAUCAUGGCUCUGGUGUUUGAUCUGAAGGCUCUGGUGGACAUGAUGUCCAUUGGGACACUGUUUGCCUACACCCUGGUGGCCAUCUGUAUCCUCAUCCUCAGAUACCAAGCAGAUCCAAAUGAGAUGAACUACAAGCAGAAGUGGAAUCUUCUACGGCCGCCGUCUUCACCAACCUCAACAAGUUCAAGCGUCGUGUCGUACCUGACCAUCUGCACCAUUGCUCUUGCAGUGGUUCUGAGUGUGAUCCUGACUAAGGGAAUACAGUCGGUGGGCGAGUGGUGGAUGAUCCUGAUCAUCACCGUAGCUCUGCUGUGUCUACUCAUCACCGUUAUCAUCAUCUGGAGGCAACCACAGAGCGGCGUCAAAGCUGCCUUCAUGGUUCCUCUGCUGCCGGUGCUUCCUGUGGUUAGCACCUUUGUGAAUGUUUAUCUGAUGGUUCAGCUGGGAGCAGAUACGUGGAUCCGCUACGCCGUCUGGAUGGCAAUAGGUCUGCUGAUCUAUUUCGGGUAUGGAGUUUGGCACAGCGUCCAGAAGAAGCGUGAAGAAGCUCCUCCCCGACUGAUAGAAACGGCUCUGUAACGACUCUGCCUCAAACCAAGCUCUAAACUGAGUCACACACACACACACACACACAC